UGACAGUGACAUUUCACUUUUGUAUUUUUGUUGUGUUGGAAGAAGAAAAUUUAAGAUUUGUUCUCGAAGAUAUUUUAAUUAAAAUAAAUUAAAGAAAACUUAAAAUGGAUCUGAGAGCAUCAGGAGUGUUUGAUAGAUUGGUGGACCGACAAUCUAGGAUACCACAAAAGGAGGACAUUACGUACACAAACGCCGUAAAAAACCUAGCAAAGUACCAUUUUGAAAUUAAGGCUGUAAUACAGGAUAUUUUAGAAUGCCGCGAGUCCAUGGAAGCAUUAAACGAAUUAAAUGAAAAAGGCCGAGCCAAAAUAUCACAGCUGCGUGAUGAAAUAGAAAACUUAGAGCUGUAUGCAAGAGAUAUUGAGAAAGACGAGUAUAUUGUUAAAGUGGAAUCUGAGAGAUAUCAACUGGCCAGUACACUGAAGCAGUUCAAGAAUGCGAACAUGAGAAGCCUGUUUGCCAUAGAGAAGGCUCAGAGGGAUGACUUGCUCCGACAGAAGGAAGGGGAGGACUCCACACUGAGGAACAGGAAGAAAGUUGACAGAGACGGACUACUCAAAAUGUCAUCAGGUGUAACAGAGCAGUUGUUGUCAAUAAGCCGGCAGCUGGCGGACACGGCGCAGCGCAGCCAGGACACACUGGACAACCUGGUGUCCUCCAGCUCCACAGUACAUGGCACACAGUCAGAAUUAGAAAACACGGCCGGCUCCAUAUCUCAGUCGAGCAAGUUACUGAAGAAGUACGGUAGGAGAGAAUUCACUGAUAAAGUCAUAAUGUUCUUUGCAUUCCUAUUUUUCUUAGCUGUGUGUUUGUAUAUUGUCCAAAGAAGAUUGUUUUAGACAAAUAAUUUAGUUUAUAAUUUAUUGUUUAUGUACAAAAUGUAAUCUGUACGCAAAUAUGUAUGCCUUUAAUAAUUGUUAUACUUAGACCUAUUUAUUCGACGAAAGUAAAUGAAUUUCGAAACA